AUGUACCAUCCACAAUCAAACAGCACACUCGAGAUUCCUUUAAAGGGGUCAGACAACGUUCUCGAGAUCUCGCGCUCUAGCCUGCCCCCACCCUCGGAGCUCUUUGAUAUCCUCAAAGCAGAGGAAGCACCUCUCAGGAACUAUAUCCUCUUUGCGCUUGAAUAUGCCCGGCAAAAGAAUGCGGAUUCUGCGAUUAAGGUCUUGACCGAUGGCCUGAAUGUCGAAUAUGAGACCAACCCCAGGCCGCGGCUUCCGCUUCACAACCUUCUCGCAUCUCUCAACAUCCGCAAGGCCUAUCAAUCUGGAAUUACUCCCCAGGAACGAAAUGCAUUUUGGUCCGAAGCAACGAAGCAUCUGGGGGCGGCCGAAAAGAUCAACCCAAAGGACGAUACAACAUGGAUCAGCAAAGGCCUGCUCUUGCUCGCUCGCAACUCGCUGGAUGACGCAUAUCGUCAUUUCAAACAGGUCCUCGGAGAGAAUAACAGGAGUAUUCCAGCCCUGCUCGGAACUGCGCGCAUUCUUUUCAUUCGUGAAAAUUAUAUCCAAGCUCUCGCAUACUACCGCAAUGUCUUAAAACUUCAGCCGGAUUGCAUUCCAAACCCACGAAUCGGCAUGGGACUGUGUUUCUACAAGCUGGGGAUGGUCGAGGCUGCACAGCAGGCGUUCGAGCGUUGUGUCGAGAUGAACGGGCAGGAUGCUACAGCGCAUGUACUGCUGGCGAUCCUUCAGUUCAACAAAUGCAAGGAGUCAGAUAUUUCAGAGGAGGAAAUCAAACAAAUAUACAAAACUGGAUUCCUGCACUUAAAGAACGCAUAUGGAGCCGACAAGAAGAACCCUGUCGUGGGCCUUUAUAUGGGCAAGCAUUUCGCAGUUACCCAGGAUUUGGAGAAGGCUAUGGCAUUCGCCACCAAGGCAUCGAACGCAAACGGCCUGAAGAACGUGCAGUCCGAGGGACUUUAUAUCAUGGGCAGGAUCCAUCAUCAACAGGAGCGGUAUGUUGAAGCCCUCGCAUGUUACGGAAAGGCUGUCAGCUUCAACCCCGAUAAUCUAUUGGCUCAGUUCGGACUCGGUCAGACGCUUCUCUUCAAGCAAGACAUUGCUGGCGCGAUCUCUGCGUUCGAGAGGAUUCUCAGCAAGGAGCCAAAGUGCGUCGAAGCUAUUGCUAUUCUAGGAUCGAUCUACUCGCGUUCAGCAGCAUCAAAAAGCAAAGCUCUUGAGUUCUUUGAUAAGGCCACCAAUAUCAUUCACGAAAGGAACACGCUCUCAGUCCAGGAUCCACUCAUGUUCACAGAAAUGGCUCAACUGUUGGAGCAGACAGAUAUCGCCAAAACUACUAAGGCAUACAUGUUCGCUCUCGGAAUUUGCGGACAAAAAGUCGAGAGAGGUGAAUCUGUGGAGUACAUGCCUGAGCUUUUGAACAACGUCGCUGCAAUCAGCCACAUGGAUGGUCGACUCGAUGCUGCGGAGGGGAGCUACAACAAGGCAUUAGAUAUCUGUGCAAGCAAGGAGGACGAUGCCGACAUGGCCACAGAAGCAACCAUCACCACCAUUCGAUAUAACCUAGCCCGUCUGUAUGAGGAACGGAACGAAAUCAAGCGCGCAGAAGAGAUUUACAAGGACAUUGCCAGCAAGUAUCACGGAUAUGCUGAUGCUCACUUGCGUCUCGGAGUCAUCGAGCAAUCCCGCGGCAAUUUUGAUCAGGCAGCUGAGUUAUAUAAGGACGUUUUCGGCAUGAUCGAUAACAAGAAUGUCGAUGCAUGGACUCUGAUGGGUAUGUUGCAGCAGAAGCAGAACCAGAUCAGGAACUCGCGAAAAACAUUAGAGAGGAUCGUUAAGGAAAUCAACCGCCACGAUGUGUAUACCCUCUUGGCCCUCGGAAACAACCAUCUUAACGUCGCUCGUGAAGAGAAAGACAACAUGGCCAUGAAACAAGAGUUCUACAAGAAGGCCUUCGAGUUUUUUGACAAGGUGCUGAAGAUUGACGCCUACAACGCCUAUGCUGCCAAUGGUAUCGCUAUUUCACUGGCUGUUCAUGGCCAUCAUACGGAAGCAAGAGAGAUGUUCUUGCAGAUUCGCGAAGCUGCCUCUGCUAUCCCUACAAUCUGGCUUAACUUGGCCUUAGUUUCGGCGGAUAUGGGCCAAUAUAGAAAUGCCGUGCUUCUGUAUGCGGCUGUUUCCAAAAAGUUUUUCAACAACGAAGACGAGAAUGUCAUACUGUCGAUGGCAAAGGCACAGUACUGUUUGGCCAAGCAGGAAAAGAGUCCUGAAAAGAUGCUUCAGGCCUUAUCAAUGGCACAGAAGGCGUUCCGUCUGAACCCAAGUGACAAGACGGCUCUUUACGAUAUUGCUCUUAUCCAACAAUCCUAUGCCCAGCUUGUAUCGGAUCGCUCAGCAGACCAGCGUACAGUCGACGACAUCAAUCAUGCUAUGAUCGGCUUAGGCGCAGCCAAAGGGAUUUUGAAGUCAUUGAUUACGGUUCCUACAAAGGAGCACGUCUACUACGAACGCGAAAUUGCCGCCCAACGCGAGAAACAUGGAGAUUCACUGCUAAACAUUCUUCAGAGAAAACUGAAGGAUCAAGAAGUAUUCGAGGCAGAGAAGCAAAAGGCCUUAGACGAGACUCGCAAGAAGCGCGAGGCUGAGAAGGCUAGGAAGGACGAAGAAGAGCGGAUACAGCGCGAGAAGCAAGUACAGGAAGAGCGUGAAAUUUUGGAGAGUCGUCGUGCUCUGGAUGAGGGUGCAAAGGAGACACAGCGCGAGCUGGAUGAGAUGAACAGGGAGCGUGCAGAGCGCAAGCGGAUGGUGGUGAGUGAUGAUGAAGUAAGCGACGGUGAUCUGGACGGAGGCGUUGAGCGCGAGUCCAAGCGGCAGAAAAAGGAACGCAAGCCCAAGGAGCCGAAAGAACCAAGGGAGCCAAAAGAAGCAAAGGAACUAAAGAAGGGCAAGCUGCGCAAGAAAUCGGAGGUUGAGGGGCGAGCAAGGAGCAAGAGCACAGACAGGGAUGAGGACGACUUGCGUGAUGAUCCGACAUCGCACAAGGUCUCCUCCAAGAAGUACAAAUCGAAAGAGAUCAUUGACUCGGACGAGGACGAGAUGUCAGACUAA